GAAUAUUCAGACGAAAACAAAAAAAAAAAAAAAAAAAAACAACUGGAAUUGGUGUUUGUGAUCAGCAGUCGUCGAGGUGAAGGUUGAGGUCAAAGGUCGAGGAUCAGUUCAAAACAGAUGCAACGGUGGACUAGGAAACCCCGUCUCCCCCGUUAAGAAGAAGCGGGUCGAGGGGCCGGGGCCACGCAACCGACUUGCAAAUUUGGCGCUAAGACCAUUUCGGGUGCCACCACCACUUCCAAGCGGCCAAAGCGAGCGGCUACGACAACAGCAACCUGAAUCCGCAAUCAACCUCCGCCCGCAUCACGACCGCCUGUUUUUCCUCCAGGUCGCCCGUCAACAGCGACAAGACACUUCCGAAGUCGUCGCUGCCACCAUCGCGACCCCCCGAUCCGCCGACCGAAGAGCAAAGAGCCCGUCUCCCGAGGCCGACCGCACCGCCCGUUGAGGUUUAAGGAGGGGCUGCCGUUGUACCUGAAUUGUUGGAACGGCUUUCCAGCUAGUUGGAUUUUCCCAAUUUUGGCGCCGUUGGACACCAUCGCCGCCGAAAUCGGUUGCUUUGCUGAAAGUGAUUAUUCUGUAUAUCUCCGUUCCUCUACACAAAUCAGCUUUUUGGGACCCGCGAGAAGAUCCUGAACCGUCGCACCCCUUAUCGUCGCCCCCCACGCCGAGGACCCUCUGCCCUCGACGCUGGCCACCACCUCGUCUUCUGGUAGCUCUACCAGUUCUCUCUUUAAGGGCCCCAGAAAACCGACAAUCCGGCCCUCGUUUCAGCUUUGGGCUGUGAGGGCCUCACAGAACUACUUCAGUCAUGAAUUUCGAUUCAGGUACCGCCUACGCCGAGUCGGACGCCGACGACGAGUACGAGAGAGAUAUCCAUGGAAGCUCGCCCAUGGCCACUGAUGUCGAGACCUCUCCUAUCGAUUCUGACCCACCUUCAACCGAACACACACCGACAACCUAUGGCUAUCGCUCAAGCGCCGACAGGCUCCCAGAGACCAUCAUUUCGGAAUGGACUGCCGAAGAGUGUGCCGAUUUUAUUGCGUCAAUAGGCGUUCAACAAUAUGCAGAUAUAUUUCUAGAAAACGAGAUUGUGGGCGAGGCUCUGGUGGCUCUUCAGCAUGACGAUCUCAAAUCCAUGGGAAUCAACAGCGUGGGCCACCGCCUAACAAUAUUGAAAUCCGUGUAUGAUGUCAAAAAAGCCCAGGAUGUACCUAUCGAGAGCGAUCAUUACAUGCCGCCCACUGCGGAAACCGAAGCCCAGGCAGCAAACGCAACGUUGAAGGACAUUCAACAUCUUGUCCAGCAACUGCGUGUUCGAGACGAGCGGAUCUCCAUGUUUGAACAGGACUUGCGUCGACUCACGGACGAUUUUAGGAGGCUGCGCGAGGAUAUGCUCCCCGCGUUGAGGUUGGCCAAGGAUUACCAACAGCCUUUACCAAACGAUCCGUCGUAUGGAGAUACCCUAUCGCCGCCUGCACCAACGCCGUCAUCAGCCAACCAAUACAAUAGUAGCCUGUCGAGGAAAUACUCAACUAAAGUGAUUAAGCUCGGGACGACACCAAAAGCAACAUCACCAACUCAUCUUCAAACCACACACAACCCUUCCCUAGUCGAGCAGACCCUCGACCCCUCGGGAGCGGCAGACAGAGCAGUCAUGUCGUCGUCCCACCUCGCAGCCAUGAACGGCGUAGGCAGCUCCGUCUCCCCGGGAUAUCCAUCACCCAACAUGCCCUCCCCCACCUCGCCACCAAGCACCGGUCUAGUAGGCAAUACCUUGUCCUCACGAGCCUACCGCUCUGAUCAACCACCCCAGCAGCAACAGCAACAACCACAGCAACCGCCCUCGUCAACCAGAACAACCUUUUCCGAAAACGACCACUACGGCAACCAAACCAAAACAACGGCCGUCCCCGCGCCGAGAAGGAUGCAAACCCCGGCGCCAGAAACACCAGGGUCGAGUAACUCGGUCGAAAUAUUCAAGUCUUUUAGGGUGAGUAUGGAUGACCCGUGUUACAAGGUGCUGCCGGCGGCGUUGAAGAAGUACCAGAUCAACGCGCCCUGGGACCAGUAUGCGCUGUACAUUGUGUAUGGGGACCAGGAGAGGUGUCUGGGGCUGGAUGAGAAGCCGUUGAUUCUGUUCAAGCAGCUGGACAAGGAGGGGAAGAAGCCGAUGUUUAUGCUCAGGAAGACAAACAAUGCGCAGGCUGGGGGGGCGGUUGGGGGGGAUGGUGGGGGGAUGGGAGGGGGGGAUGGGGGCAGCAGCAGCAGCAGCCGGGGAGUGCGGGGUUGGGGUCUGGGGGGAGGGGAGGGGGGAUGGGGAUGA